AACCCUUCUUUCUCAAAGACUCACAUAACACGCUACUUUCAUCAUAACCAUGUGCCUGGUAUUUGUGUGCGACGAGGACGAGAGGGUUUUAGCGAGGCAACCAGCGCCAGGGGCGUGUCCGUACUGUGGAGGCAUGGUGCAAGCAACGGACGUUCAGAAGCAAUGGCGUUUCUGUUUUCUUCCUAUCUACUUUAAAACCAAGCGCAGAUAUUAUUGCACCAUGUGUACUAGAACACUCCAGAUCCAAUAGAUUCUACAAGACUACAACUUAUUCA